AGAGCAGCAAUGAGGCAGCAGCAACAACAGCAGCAGGCGGAGGGAAACGUUGCACUUGGCGGAUCUGCUGAUCGAUCUACUUGGUGUUAGUCCGGCGACUCUUCCACUUGGCGGCCGCCCAGGAACUCAUCGCUUUCCUGCCCGCUCCCCUCUGCUUCCUUCUCCCCACGGCCCUUUCGUUGGAUCGCUUCCUCCCCUUCACCUGGUUUCUACGUCGCGCUCGGACAAUGGAGUCGGUCCUGUCAGCCCUACCGUAUCCCGUCUAAUGCGUGUCUGGUCUUUGUCCCCCGGCCCAGCGACCAAUGCACGAGGAUAUCCGAGAUGGGUAAUCUUGGUGACCUAUCGCCCCAGGGGAGUGUCGCGGUUGGGGUGAUUGUCGGGUUGAUCUCGACCAGUCUCCAAGCUAUCGGACUGACCCUCCAACGCAAGUCGCAUAUCCUCGAGGACGAGAAACACCCCUACGAUUUACGCAGACCACCCUAUAAACGCCGGAGAUGGCAGCUGGGUAUGCUGAUGUUCGUCGUUGCGAACAUCGUCGGCAGUACCAUCCAGAUAACCACCCUCCCGCUCCCGGUGCUUUCAACCUUGCAAGCUUCCGGUCUCGUUUUUAAUACUAUAUUUGCCACUUUGAUCCUGGGUGAAGCCUUCACCAGGUACUCUCUCGUCGGUACCGUCUUAGUCUGCAUCGGCGCGCUAUUGAUAGCAGUCUUCGGCGCCGUGGGGGAGCCAGCGCACAGCCUCGAUCAACUUCUCGAACUGCUACAGCGGCGAAAUUUUGUCCUAUGGAUGGCAGGGACGGCCGUAUUGGUGCUGGUCAUCUAUAUCGGAUCCAGGCUGCUCAAGUUCCUGGUCUCACCGUCUCGCUCCAAGUAUGCCAGCUCACGCGGUUCAUAUCGGCCGCACUUGCAAUUGUCCCAUGGUCGUGUUCGACUUGCCCGGGGUCUAUGCUAUGGCAUGAUUAGCGGGAUAUUGUCAGCCCAUUCUCUCCUUCUGGCUAAAUCGGCCGUGGAGCUCCUCGUUCGGACGGUCGUCGAUCGCGUCAAUCAAUUCAACCGAUGGCAGUCCUGGGUCAUCCUUCUCGCAAUGAUCGGGCUUGCUCUCUCCCAGCUGUUCUAUCUGCAUAGGGGUCUGAAAUUGUGCAGUACCAGUAUUCUAUACCCCUUUGUCUUCUGCAUUUACAAUAUUAUCGCCAUUAUAGAUGGCUUAAUAUACUUCCAACAGAUGUCCCAGCUGGCAGGUUUCCAUGCUGGGUUGAUAUCACUCGGUACGAUUGUCCUCCUGAGCGGCGUUCUCUGCCUAUCUUGGAGGCUAGAGGUUGUCGACAGCCAUGCGGCUGUGACUGUCGGCGGACCCUCCCAAACCGGACUGGGUCCUGGAAUGGCAGUCGUCGAGGAGCAUCCGACCUCACCGAUUGAUCUGGGACUGGAUAGCCAGGAAGAUCUGGAGCGUGAACCCCUAUUGCGCAGUGCACCUCCCCCUCGGGGGAGCGCUCACAAGAGAGCACCCAGUCUACCUCUACUGCAACCCGAUUCCACAGCAGAUCUUGAUUCAGCUUCUAUCUGGGCUGAGCUCGAUGACUCGGACUAUGACUAUGCUGCGACCGCCCUGCAUUCCCCGCGGCGUACUCGCACGUUUGGAGACCAGCUCUCAGCCCAGUCAAGAAACAGGAGCGGUGGUACCACUUUGAGGGACAGUCUCCUGCGUGGGCCGCGUCGUUCCAGCACAAUGACAGUCAGUCGAAACACCUGGAAUACACGAAAGACACCCAACGCCGUACCCCCUGAGCGUCGCAAACAACGGAGAACAUCGGCUCCUGCUCCUGAAAACCGCGGGCUCCUUCCCAAACGAGCGAACGCCACUGGAUAUGGCACCCAGGACGAUCGCUCCGACGGUCUAGUCUCAGGGAAUCAUCGUCGCGAAUCCUUCACCGACGCAGAUGCAUCCGACGGGCACUCAAGUCUCCUCGCAGGCCCGAGGAGCACCCUCCGCGGAGCCUGGCGAAGCAGUGUCCGAUACCUUACUCAAUGGACCGGCAGCCGAGGAAGACGCACAAGCUCAUCCAACCCAGUUUCUGAUCUUGAAGCCAGCCCCGACAGACACCCAGAAUGAAAGAAAUUCUUCCUGCACCGCCAUAUCACCAUACCUACCCCGGCCCAGCCAUACCCACUAGACCCACCUACCCAAUCCACUGGAUCACACCAAUGAUAACCCCUUCCUUUCAACCAAUGUACAAUAAAUUCAUACUACCUAUUUAUCUAUACACACAA